AAAAAAAAAAAAAAAAAAAAAAAUUGAUGUUAGGGCAAGUUUCAGACGACACAAUCUGCUUCGACACUCCGCAGGGCGCAGCCUCCGCUAUCGCCUCAGGUGACAAGGUGUUCCUGACUCUCGAAGCUUGUUUUCUUGAAUUUCAACUAAAAUACUUUCAUCUGGUUUUUUCAAUUUGUACUUCACUGAGAUUGACUCAUUGCAGGAGUUGAAUAACAAACAGCUGCAUAGAUGUUGGUUAAAGGCAGGAAAAUUGCUGGUCGGGGAGAUGCGAUUGGUGCACACUAUGCUUUUGGUCCUCUUGAAGAUGAUACAAUUAUAAAACAUAGGCUUCUCACCCGCACAACCACCACAAGGGGUGAACCUCCAUUGAAAAAACUUCAGAAGAAGUUCACCUCUUUUGCCCUUGAGGUUGAGAAGGAUGCAGAUAACUAUAAUGAAUGCGAAAGACUUGCCAAAGCCUUCUUACAGGAGUUGACAACUUUUGAGCUUCCACUUCUCAAGAGCAAAGCGGUUAUAGAUGCAAAUACCAGGGAGAAGGAGAAUUUCAAUGAGUUAAAAGAUGAUAUAAAUAGGCAGAUUUUACUGGCACAAGCUGAAAUAGAAGAUCUCAAGAAACAACUUGAGGAGAGUAAGAUUGAGAGGCAGCACAAGGAGGAGUGUGAGGCAAUCAGGAAGUUAAUUGCUAUGCAGCCACCAAGAUCAGCGACCCAGAAGAUCUUAACUGAACUAGAGAAAGAGAUAGCAAUGUUGGAGGCGGAGAACACAGCUGGUUCAAGGACAUUAGAGCUUCGCAAGAAGCAAUUUGUUCUUUUGUUGCAUGUGGUGGAUGAGCUGCAGAACACCAUAGAGGAGGAGCAAAGGAAUUUGGUAGAGGAGAUGAGAAUAGCACUGGAUGACCAUAAGAAUAUGGAGGAUGCCAGUGGGGUUUCAGAAGCCAUGGCUGUCGAUUAGUAUGUUGCAUCCGUCUUGAAAUUCAAAGGUUGUGUACUCUUAAACCUUGUUUGUCACACAUUUGGGUUUUGAUGUUCGGGAAUAGGAAGUAUAGCAAUCUUGACUGUACUGUUGAAGGAGACAUGAGUAAACUAAGGACAUUGAACUAUCUUGUAUUAAAAAUUCUUGUCUUCAUGCUGAUCCCAAGUUGAGGGGCUAAUGGAAUUGUUGCUUGUAUUCUCCCCCAACCCUUUUUUCGUGACAUGAUUUUACAGAGUUUUCUUUCAACUAUUCGUGCCUUGAUUAAUGACCAAAAUGUGCAACCUACAACAUUCGAUGGAUUGGUUUGUGGUUCACGCUGCAUUGGAACGUAAGCUAUAGUGCAAGAAGAAUUAUUUCCAUCCAUCAACAACUAGAGAUGUUGGAGUAUUUCACGAUGCGUUGCAAGAAUAGGGUACUUGUUCUGUGAGAGAUUCUAUAGAUGGUUUGGUAUUCAUAGGAGCCCCAAAAUGCCUUUAUUUUUUGUUCAUCAUCAGUCAUAAUUGUAGAAUAACA